GGUGAGCCCCAGGAAGGAGUCACGCCGCACGUCAUGGAGACUUCUUCAUUUUUUUUCAGCUCUGUCUUGUUUAGCUAAUGUUCUGUUUAAGUAACAGUAUGUGCCUGGUGGUCCCCAGGGACUCCCCCGCCCCCCCAAGAAAAUUAAAUAAACAUCUUGUGACAUAGUCCCCAGGCUCGAUGUUCUAGAAUGCUCGAGAACUCAGCUGCCCUGAAAUGACUGUUGGAACAAUUUGGGAAGACAAGUUUUAGAAGCCCCAGGAAAGGGGAAAUCGCUAUUAAAACAGAAAGGGAGGGGAAGAAAAGAAUGGGGAGAGAGGGAAAGUGAUAAGUCAGGGAGAAAAACCAGAACCGCAAGCUCCACGAUAGUAAUUUCAAAAAUAGCCCUGGAAAGGUGUCCACUUUCAAUCGUGACCACUCCCUGCAGGGAGCGUUCGGAAGCCCCAUCUGCAGAAGCGAUCUGUUUUAGAGUUCAGUCACUCGGAAGGGUUAGCCCUCUGUCCUGGAUUCGCUCAGAUUCUCGCGUUCUUUCUUUCUUUCUCUGGAAUUCCGUAGACAGUAAUUAAGGAACUGGAGGCCAGCAGGAGGUCAGGGAGCCUUCCUCAGUGAAAACAGGAAUUGUUGGCCAUGCACAACACUCCCUUUUUUCCUUGUGGUGAAUAGGAGAUUUGCUUAGAGCUGAUGACUUAUGCCUUUCUCACAAGUUAUACAGUUAGCAAGCGGCUGGGGGAUCAGGCAGCAGGCAGAGAGAGGCUAAUUGAAUCCAGUCAGUGUCCUGGUGCUUGCUCUUCCUCAGAUGUUCGGCCCGUGACUGGGAGAGCCUGCCCGAUCAUGUAACUGCGGACAACAUGCUCGUGGGAGUGCCUGGUCCGACUUGGAGAUUUCAGGGCUGACCAAGAGUGGGGUUUGCUCUGCUUGGGGAGGGGGAAGGGGUACCUACUGCGUCUUUGCAAAACUACCCCUUACGCCUGCUAAAUGCCGAAGCCGUCAAGAGAACAGUCGGAUGAUGAGACCGAGGAGUCGGUGAAGUUUAAGAGGUUGCACAAGCUGGUAAACUCUACUCGAAGAGUCAGAAAGAAACUAAUUAGGGUGGAAGAAAUGAAAAAGCCCAGCACAGAAGGUGGAGAGGAACACGCAUUUGAGAACUCCCCAGUCCAAGAUGAAAGAUCCGCACUCUACUCUGGAGUGCACAAAAAGCCGCUUUUCUAUGAUGGCUCUCCUGAGAAACCUCCAGAAGAUGACGCAGACUCUCUCACCCCAUCUCCAUCAUCCAGCAGCCUGGAUACGUGGGGAGCUGGCCGGAAGCUGGUCAAAACCUUCAGCAAAGGAGAGAGUCGUGGCCUGAUUAAGCCCCCUAAGAAGAUGGGGACGUUCUUCUCCUAUCCAGAAGAAGAGAAGGCCCAGAAAGUGUCCCGUUCCCUCACAGAGGGGGAAAUGAAGAAAGGUCUUGGGUCUUUGAAUCACGGGGUAAGUACCGAUGGCGUUUUCUUCUAUGACAACCAUCGGCGCAGGCACCACUUUCUGGUGUCCCUGGAGGAGGUUCAGAGUAUCCGUAAGCAAAUCCGAUUGAAGAAAACGGAUACUAAUUACUCCUGUUCCAGAACUUUUCUCUGCCAACGUCCCUCCAGAAAAGGAGUGAAUGGCACCACCUGUGACCUGCUGCCCAGGCCGAAGCCCAAGGCGGGCGGCGGCUGCGGCUUCCCUGGCAGGAGGGGCCGAGGGCGCACCUCGGUCAGCGAGUUCAAUAUCACCUACGUGGUGGAGCGGAGCCUCUACAGCCACCUGAACCUGACCCAGCUCGUGCGUCCUGCCUCGGACAGGAUGCUGAGCAAAGCCGAGAAGCAGGACCUGAGGAGGUGCCUGCUGGAGGAGGAUGAGGAGGCAAAGAGGAAGUGGGCUGCCACGGUGGACCGCUGUACUAAAAGGGUUCUCUUGAGAAUCCACCAGAAGUCUAGAACUUGCAGUUUUGGUGGAUUCGACCUGACAAACCGUUCUCUGCAUGUUGGCAGUAAUAAUUCUGACCCCGUGGGUAAAGAGGGAGAUUUUGUGUACAAAGAAGUAAUCAAAUCCCCUUCUGCCUCCCGCAUCUCUCUCGGGAAAAAGGUGAAAUCAGUGAAAGAGACCAUGAGGAAGAGGAUGUCUAAAAAAUACAGCAGCCCGGUCUCAGAGCAGGACUCGGGGCUCGAUGGAAUGCCCGGCUCCCCCGCCUCAGUAAAACCUGACUCUGAACACAUGGACAAGCCUAAGCUCAAAGCCGGGGGCUCCGUGGAAAGCCUUCGGAGUUCUCUGAGUGGCCAGAGCUCAAUGAGUGGUCAGACCGUGAGCACCACGGAUUCCUCCACCAGCAACAGGGAGAGUGUCAAGUCAGAAGAUGGUGAUGAUGAAGAGCCACCCUAUCGGGGUCCCUUCUGUGGGCGUGCCCGAGUGCACACUGACUUCACCCCCAGUCCCUAUGACACAGACUCUCUGAAGCUCAAGAAAGGAGAUAUCAUUGACAUAAUCAGCAAACCCCCCAUGGGUACCUGGAUGGGCCUGUUGAACAACAAAGUCGGCACUUUCAAGUUCAUCUAUGUGGACGUGCUAAACGAGGAAGAGGAGAAGCCCAAACGCCCUACCCGGCGGAGGAGGAAGGGAAGACCAUCCCAGCCCAAGUCUGUGGAGGAUCUCUUGGAUCGGAUCAACCUGAAAGAACACAUGCCCACCUUCCUGUUCAAUGGCUACGAAGACCUAGACACCUUCAAGCUCCUGGAGGAAGAAGACUUAGAUGAAUUAAAUAUCAGAGACCCAGAGCACAGAGCAGUUCUCCUGACGGCAGUGGAGCUGUUACAGGAAUAUGACAGUAACAGUGACCAGUCUGGUUCUCAGGAGAAGCUGCUGGUGGACAGCCAGGGCCUGAGCGGACGGUCCCCACGAGACUCCGGAUGCUAUGAAAGCAGCGAGAACUUGGAAAACGGCAAAACUCAAAAACCCAGCGUUCUGCCUACCAAGUCAUCCACGGAGUCCAACUUAAAGUCUUUCAAUAGGAGUCAGCCAGGCAACUACCCGACAUUGCCUUUAACGAAAUCAGGGGAGGUGCGCAAGCAGGGAGAGGAGGGCAGGCUGGGACGAGGUCUAGCCGCGGACACUGCCAAGUGCUGUGACGUGCCCUGUGUAACUGGUUUGAGUAAAAACCGAAGGAGCCUUCCGGUUUCCAUCUGUCGCAGCUGUGAAACCCUGGAGGGUCCUGAGCCCGUGGAAAGUUGGCCCCGUUCCCAUUCCCUGGAUGACCUUCAGGGAGAUGCCGAUGUUGGCAAGGAUGUGCCUACCGAGGUGCCGGAAACCUGUCCUCAGAAUGUACUGGAAGUGCCACAGAAGGCAGCUGCCUGCACCUCCAAGGCUCUGCCCCGAGGCCGAGAUCCCACUGCAGAAGAUGGGAUGCUUCUGACCCAAAGCAAGAGAUUUUCCGACCCCCCGAAAACGAUGGCUAAGAAACUGGAUGGCUCCGUGGUGGCCUCCAACCAUGGCAUAGCUCCUCCUCGGUGUAUACCCAGAAAUUUCGAGGCUCAGCCUCCUGUUAAACCCGGCUUAACAAGGACGUCUCUUGAGGGUCUCAGAAAAGGACAUGACCACCACCCCCUGGGCACCAAAGAAGGGGUAGAUGGGGAGCAGAGCGCCUCUGAGACCAGGACGCAGUCCAGACAUCCAUCGCAGCCCCCGCCUGUGCCAGCCAAGAAAAGCCGAGAGCGCCUGGCCAAUGGCCUGCACCUGGUCCCCAGCCCAGAGGCACCCAUCCUGCCACUGAAGAAGGCCAGCCCUGCCAGCCCAGUCAGUCCCAGCGACUGCCCCUCUCCUCGGGAGCCCAGGUCUUCCUCGGGAACUGAGCCGGGCAGCCCAGCCUGCACGAAACCUCCACCCUGGCUGGCUGAGCUGCCCGAGAGCACCAGCCUGCAGGAGCACGGUGUGAAGCUGGGCCCCGUGCUGAGCAGAAAGGUUUCCUGCGUCAGGGGUGUGGACCUAGAGAUGCUCACCGAGAACAAGCUGCAGGCUGAGGGCAUUGAUCUCACUGAGGAGCCCUACUCUGAUAAGCAUGGCCGUUGUGGGAUCCCUGAAGCUCUGGUACAGAGAUAUGCAGAGGACUUAGAUCAGCCUGAGAGGGAUGUUGCCACCAAUAUGGACCAGAUCCGGGUGAAGCUGCUUCGGAAGCAACAUCGGAUGGCGAUCCCGAGUGGUGGGCUGACGGAAAUCUGCAGAAAGCCCCUCUCUCCCGGAUGUGUUGCCUCCGUGUCGGAUUGGCUCAUCUCCAUCGGCCUGCCCAUGUACACGAGUACCCUUUCUGACGCAGGGUUCAGCACGCUGAGCCAAGUGCCUUCCCUGUCCCACACUUGCCUUCAGGAGGCCGGCAUCACCGAGGAGAGACACAUAAGGAAACUCAUAUCGGCAGCCAGACUCUUCAAACUGCCACCAAGCCCUGAGGCCAUGUAGCCAGGCCUGCCCUGGCCCUCCCUGGCCCAGAGCCAGCCUCUCACUGUGCUUAGGAAGCCGAUGCAAUCCCUCCACAUCUGCUGGGGUUGACCUGAUUGUGAAGAAAAGUUACCCGCUCGGGGCUCACGAAGUGCAGGAUUAGGACUCAGAACCGAGGAGCCUCUCUUCCGGAACAGUCCUCCUCCUCCGACGGCUCCUCGAGAAAAUCGAUGUGGUUCUCUUCGAUGCCCAAAGGCAAGACAGGCACUUAGUUCUGUUUUCAGACACGGAAGAGCCAAGAUGCCGACUCGCUGCAAACACUGUGCUGUCCAGUCUGUCUUUGUGCUGGCAGAGGGCUGGGAGGACGAGGCAGCCUGCUCGUGUCUGAUCGUGCCCUUGCGCAUCUGUUGGUCACCCAGCUGGAUGCCCGAGCCCAAUGGGCUUAGCUAGGCCAAAGCAACGGACUCUGGAGUUACUGUAUACUGUUGACCAUGCUCAUUUGUUCAAAAGCUACAACAGCUGACUCUAUCAAGAACAGAACAGUCCUCCUCUCCUGUACAUAAACGAGAGACAUUUUAAUUGCUUUCUAGCAAUUAGCUUUUAUUUGCCUUAAUAUAAACUUUUAACCAGUUAUCUAUCUAGUGUCCACAACUCUUACUUAACCCUAGUUCCAGAUCUUCAGCUUAGACUGCCAUCUAACGUGUUUGGGAUGUUUCCAGCAAAAAAUAGCCUUUUUCUUUCUUUCUUUCUUUUUUAAACAGUCUCAUUCUAACAUGGCUUAUUUUAUAGGGGUGACUACCAGGCACGUUUCAUAUUGACUUUUAGUUUUUGAACUAAUUAAAAAUUCAGUAAAACUCGUUCGGGAUUCACAGAGGGGGCACGCGUGUUCUCUUGCCCUUCAGCCUUCUUACUUUAGUGAAUGACCAUCACAGUGGCCAUGGUGUGGCAGUAUUUUAGAGAUCCUAACCCCAUCCAUCCCCAAACCCACUCAUCAGCUAACAGAUUACCUUUGCAGAAAGUCAUUGUAAGCUGCAUAUUUCAGAAAGAUUUUUUUUUCUAAAAAGGGAACUAGUUUACACUCAUUUAAAGUUCUUUUUGUUUGUAUGUUUUUAAUUUUUUUUCUUUUUGGCCAGUUCUAUAAUUAUUAUUAUCUUUCAUUUGUUACUUAGAUAAUUAUUUUAAUUCAAGCAAAGGUUCAUUAUGGAGCCAGAUAAAUCACAUCAGCUGUGUGUUAAAUAUUGCAUAUUUUCAACUGGUUUUUCCAACUAUGAUUUCCAUGUAAUCUACCCUCUUUUUGUCUGGCAUCUGGUUUUCUAGCAGUUGGCAAAUUUAGACAGGUACACAUGCUCCAUUGCUUACAAAGUGUUUUUUCUUCACAUUCUUACAAUCACUAUGUGAAGUCUUAAGUUAUCAUGAAAGCACUUUGAACACAAGGCCGGGAUCAGUCCUCUGAGAGUUCAUUGGGUUAUUAAAACUUGAUUUCCCUCAGAAGAGAAGGGCAAGUGAUUUUAUGAAUAACAGAGCCAUCCUGGCCAUAUGCUUUAUAUAGCUGGAUCCAUGUCUCUGAGGAAAAUCUCAGGUGAUUGCCCCCAUCCCACACACAUUUUAGUAUGCGUUGAAAAAAUAAUAAUAAUGUUUGGUUUCUUCACUUCCAUUUGCCUACUAUAAGAUGCCAUGUGAAGAAGUUGAGGCAGGUUAGAAUAUAAAAAUUAAAGGCACUAGAUUUCUAUUGGACUCUCAAAAAAGAGCUCAUGGUUGGCCUCCAGGGUUAGGCAUAGCCCACCCAAUGGGUGGGGGUGCAGGGUUCUCUGCCAGCCCAGCACCCAGUCACAUGCUGUUGUGGGGGUUGGCAUUGAAAAACAGGCUUCUCCUCUUGCUUUUGAAGUAACCCUGGCCUGACCUUGCCGCAGACUGCCCUUCUGAUUUUAGCUGAGCGAAGAGAGAGACUGUGCAAAAGCCACCUUGGAGGUAACAAGGGAGGAGGAGAAAUCUGGGAAUUUCCGAGUUUCAGUUCAUUCUUGGUGUUGGGUUUUCUGUUUUAAGUCAAUCAAGGAGGUCUUGAGGAUGUCAUACAGUAGCUUUUGUCACUCGAAACCAUUGCCUUUGCAUGGAGAAUUAUCUUCAGGGACCACAAGUUUAGUGUGAAUGUCUGAUCUGAAGGGGCUGAGGUUUCUUUCUUUCCUUUCUUUCUCUCUACCUCUCUCUCUCUCUCUCUUUCUUUCUUUCUUUCUUUUUCCUUGUAUCAUAUUUGUUUGGUUUUCUUUUGCUUCGAACGUUUCAUUUGGUCUGAGAAAAGCCUGAACGUGAGCGCAUGACUCUGAGGAGGCUCUGGGCUGCCUGUGACUGUUAGCGGACAGGCGGCCGGCUUUUAGCAAUAGCCACUUUUGAUCAGUUGCAUUUGGUACAGAAUUUUGAGUGACGGUGAAAAUUGUUGUCUUUGGAAAGCACAAAAUUAACCUGGAAAGGCGUUUCGGCUCAGGUAGCUACCCAGAAUGCGUGUGAUUUGUGUGUCUCAGCUGUCUGCAGAGAAAGCAGCUGCCCAAACUACUACUUACAUUCCCAGAUAACGAGAGCAAAUAGCUUUUCAUGGCCUUGCAUAUUUGGGGGCCCUUUUCUCUGUCCUGACCCCAGGUGUGGAUGAAAUUGGGAAUGUUUCCUCUGUGAGAAAUGAAUCCCGGACACAGCAUAGUGUGUUUCAGUGGAACGGAGUAGAUUCCCAAGUCAUGCUGUGUGAAGACUGAGUGAGGUUCCAGAAAAAAAAUCUGUCUUGAGUCCACGUUAUCUUGAUUUUUAAAAUUGAUAGGGAAAAAAACCCCACAAACUGUCAAGCAAGUUAUAUGACAACUAACAACAUUGCACUUUCUGUAUAUGAAAUCAAUAUUUAAAUAACUUAUUUUUCUCCAUUGCUAUUCUUAAACAUUGUAAGUAGCUGUAAUAUACCAAUACCAAUACGUUCUUGCAAUUGCUUCAGCCCAAGAAAGCUGUGUAUUGUUUUAAAAUUGUAAAAAAAAAAAAUUAUUGUGAUGAUCCGUUUUAAAAAAAGGAAGGUAGACAGAAAGGUUUUCCUGUGUAUCAAAACUUGUCUAUAAUUAUGUCAUCUAUGUACCUAGGGGAAAAAGUAAAUAAAUUUCUUCAGUUGAA